CAGUUUUAACAAAAGUAUCCCCGACCUGUCUGACAUGCGAAUCCAGAAGAUCUCUGACCCUUGUCUGCAGCUACUGAAAGAUCUGAAGCAACGUGUUAACAAGGUGGAUCCUGGUGCAGCAGACAAAGAACAAAGCAGGGGGUCGGCCGCCAGUCGCACGAGGAAGAGUACAAGGAAGCUGACACCGUAUGCCCACCUCACUGUGAAGAAACUGAUUAAAACUCCUUCUGACGGAAACGGUCGUGGGUUUGGAAGGUGGUGUCGAAGGAGUCUUGAUCUCGAGGCCAGACUUCCAGGAUUGAAAGGGAAACUCAUCACUUCUUGGGAGGAGAAGUUGGGAGUGGCACAUGUGAGAGAGAUGCGCUAUAGUGAGGGGGCCUUGGAAAUCAAGCGCCAAGGUCUAUACUACAUUUAUUCCCAGAUUUUAUUCCGUUACCAUGCAGAUUAUCCCAUGAGCACAAGAGAGUAUCAGCUGGUUCAAUAUGUCUAUAGGAAAAUGGCCAAAUACCCAAAGCCAACUUUGCUUCUGAGAGGUUCCAGCACUUGGUGCUCAGGGAACCACAACUUGUAUUCGGUCUAUCAAGGAGGUGUGUUCACCCUGAACAGUGGUGACAAACUCUUUGUGACUGUGUCAAAUCUAACGCUGGUAGAUGCUGAUGAAGCAUCCAGUUACCUGGGAGCAUUCAAACUAGAUUAAAUGAAGUUUAUAUCAAUAUGGUUUUUAAUUCCCUGUCUCUAAAUAUGAAAAGUGAAUAUCAACAAUUUAAAAAAAGAAACAAUUGUGUUUAGAUGGCCUGUUGUGACACACGUGCAGAGCAGGUGGAGCUUGAAAUUGGACCUUCUACCUAAGGCUGGGACUCCCUACUUAAUGCUGAACAAGUAAAUUCUCAUACUGUUAAGUUCUUCGAGUUAGGUCAUUGCUCUGCUUCAAUAGGGAGAGUAAGUAGAGGCUAUCAAUCAUGUAAAUAUACCCAAAAUAAACUAUUUCAGAUUGCCCAUGGGCAAUUGACAAUGGUUGGAUGUUAAUUUUGAUGGAUUCCAGACCUGUAAAUAAUGAACAGAUCAUUAGGUUUGAGGGCCAGAGCCAAUGUGAAGUUAUAACAGACCUCUCAGGACCAGACACAGACCAGAACUGCUGUUAGCAAUGGGACAUAAUAAGCCCCCCUCUUUUAAGCAGCAAAGAAAAUGAGUGAAAUAGAAACGGAAAGUGCUGGAGAAACUCAGCAGUGCUGGGAGUGUCUGUGCAGAGAAAACAGAUUUAACGUUUUGAAUCCAGUAUGGCUUUUCUUGAGAACUGAAAGGAGCUGGAAAAUGAUAAGUUUGUGUUAAAUGAUAAGGUUCAACCUUUGACUGAAAUGGAGAUGUGCCUGUGACACCUUUUAACAUGCCACCCCUGUGUACGUCUUUUAAAAUGAUCAAUACAUCUGCAAUCUGAAAUAGACCCAAUUCCAACCUCGAUCCAGCCUGAGUUAGCUCAUUUCCAAUUCAGUGUUCACCCUUGUCUCACGUCUUGUGCAUUGAACAUUCCCAAGCCUGGUUCCCCAACACCGUUCCACCCCCCCAACACACACACACACACACACACACACACACACACACACACACACACAGAGCACAGUAGGUGGAGAGAGAGAUAAUUCAAGUCGCCGAUCUGACAAAUCCCAAAUUCUGAGAUUCCUUGAAAGAAAGAUCUUGUCAUAUGGACACUGAAAAUUGACGAUGACAAUGUUGG